AUGAAGACCAGCCUUCCCGUCACCCUUGCUUACCUGUUGCUCCAUGCAGGGACUGUUCUGUCUGGACCAGUCUUCGCAGCUGAUGAUUUUUUGUCAUUGCGCGAUUCGAAGUUGAGGAAACGUGCUGAGUGUGGUCUUGGGAUUGGUUCGUGCAAUCCUGGAUCCUGUUGUUCAGAGAGUGGCUUCUGCGGAACAACCGGAGACUUUUGUGGUGGUUCUGCUUGCCAGCUUGAGUACAGCGAUUCGUGUGAUACUUUUUUCGGGCCUCGUGGAAGCAGCACGGAAGGGAUUUCUCGACCACAGCUUGGCAAUGUCCCGUAUGGCACUGUCAUCACAACUUGCACUACACCCGGUGUGAUUGCUCUGACAUUCGAUGAUGGCCCUCUCGACUACACCAAUGACCUCUUGGAUCUUUUGGAUGAAAGAGACGUCCAGGCCACUUUCUUUGUGGCGGGCAACAACAGGGCCAAGGGACAUAUUGAUGACUCGUCCAACCCAUGGCCCGCUGUGAUGAGACGCAUGUACUCUGCAGGUCAUCACAUCGCCAGCCAUACUUGGACUCAUCGCAAUCUCAACGAGGUCAACAGCACUAUCCGAAGAUCUGAGAUGAUCUACAAUGAGAUGGCCUUCCGAAAUCUCUUUGGUUGGAUUCCGACCUACAUGCGGGCGCCAUACCUCGAGUGCAACGCUGCAUCUGGUUGCCUCGAUGAGAUGUCUGAACUUGGCUACCAUGUUGUAGACCAGAACAUUGACACGAAGGACUAUGAAAAUGAUAACCCUGCCCUGAUCCAAAUCUCCAAGGAUCGCUAUUCUUCUAGAGUCUCCUCCAACUCAGACAACAGCCAGUAUAUUGUUCUGGCACAUGAUGUCCAUGAUCAGACUGUUCACAAUUUGACUUCUUUCAUGAUCGAUACUGCCCAAGAUCGUGGAUACAGGCUUGUGACUGUCGGAGAAUGUCUUGGUGACCCUCGGGAGAACUGGUACCGAACUGUUUCCAGAGGCCGAGAUGUCACAUCGACUCAGUCGGCUACCCCUACCCGAACUGUCCCUCCUACCAACGUGUCGGUGACAACGAGAACAGCUACUGCCACUGGUGGUCUUUUAAUUUCCCCAAACCAGCAAUGUGGUGGCAACACAGGCUACACUUGUCAGGGGUCAGCCUUCGGAAGCUGCUGUUCCUGGUAUGGCUACUGUGGAUCGAGUGAAAGCUACUGUGGAACAGGCUGUGAUUCAGACUUUGGGUCGUGCACGCCUUCCGGAAGUGACAUUCACGACACCACCAACGGUCUUUGUGGUCCAGGUGUCAGGGCAUCAUGCGGAAACUACGGUGACAAGACCUGUUGCUCUCAGUACGGGUUCUGCGGCAAUAGUGCUGCUCACUGCGGAGCUGGUUGCCAGGGGGGCUUUGGAGAGUGUAACUGA